AUGGUUAAUAUAACCGCCGCCGGCGAGGGCAUCACCGGCGGCGCCAAAGGCAGCUCACUGGGGAUGCAGAUCACCAUCGCGACUCUGGCAGGAGUCACUUGGUAUAAUGCAUUUGAGCUCGUCACCCUCCUCUUCGUGACCUUUGCACAAUAUCGAGGCCUAUACUUCUGGAGCUUACUUAUAUCCUCCUCGCUCGGUCUGGUCCCAUACUCGCUGGGAUUCCUCAUGAAAUUUUUCGACCUCACCUCCGCAACAUGGUUUCCGGUCACUUUACUCACCAUCGGAUGGUGGUGUAUGGUUACGGGCCAGUCGAUUGUCUUAUACUCACGCUUGCAUCUGGUGAUAUCGAACCAUCGGGUCUUACGACGCGUCUUAGCCAUGAUCAUUGUCGACGCCAUCGCGCUGCAUAUCCCAACCACCGUCUUAACCUACGGCACCAACCUGGCCAAACCCAACGGCCCAUGGAUCCGUGGAUAUAAUGUGAUGGAAAAAAUACAAAUGACCGGCUUUUGUAUUCAAGAGUUUAUCAUUUCGGGUCUAUACAUCUGGGAAACGGUGCGCAUGCUACGUCUCGACCCGGAUCGCACCAAGCGCAAGAUCCAGUGGCAGCUUCUCAUUAUCAACACAAUCAUCAUCAUCUUGGACCUGGGACUACUGGUAGCGGAAUAUAAGGACUACUAUAUCAUGGAAACUAUGCUGAAGGGGGCCGUUUACAGCAUUAAAUUGAAGCUCGAAUUCGCCGUCCUAGGUAAACUCGUCCACCUAGUCCAUAACCACGUCUGGAAACCCGAAUCCUUUUCUGGACCCGAAAAUCUGCCCGACUUUGUCGACGCGACUCGUGUUCCUUCCGACAUCACCCACGCUGCUCCAGCAUUCAUCACCCGGACUCCAGACUGGAUGGACGCAGACGAUAUUUCCAUCGCCAUGUUUGAGCACUCGCCUCCCACCAACUCCUCUGACUCUUGCGACACACACUCCGUGCGUCCAAUCGAUUUCACGAAUCCUUUUGUUCGAUACCAGCGACACUCGUCUCGGUUAUCCGAAAAACCACGGAAACCAGGGUAA